GGUUGCGGUCGCGGUCGCGGUGCGCUCAGGCAGUCCUACUCUCUCAUCUCCCACAAAACCCUAAACACUAAGCCCCAUUUCGUUCCUUCCGACGAUGGCAGGUUAUGCUCGCCGACACGCUACUUCGGCAGCAUCCGCAUCCAUUCACAAGGUCCAAGCUGCGAGGGCAGCGUCCGCAUCGGAUGAUCGCCUCUACCGGAGGUUGUCCGCAUUGGGCCAUGCCAAAGGGACGGUGGCCACCACCAUAAAUGAAUACAUAAGGGAGGGGAAAGCCGUUCGAAAGUUCGAGCUCGAAAACUGUAUCAAGGAGCUCCGUAAAUACAGAAGACACCAACAAGCUCUCGAGAUAAUGGAGUGGAUGGAAGCUCGAAAGUUCAACUUCGGGCGCAAAGAUCAUGCAAAGCGCGUGGAUCUAAUUGGAAAAGUUAUGGGAGCAGAUGCUGCUGAAAGUUAUGUGAGUGGCCUGUCGCCUUCUUCGAAGGUACAUAGCACCUACGGAGCACUUCUGAAUUGCUACUGUGAGGAGAAGAUGGUGGAUAAGGCGCUCGAUCUCUUUGCCAAAAUGGUUGAGGACAAGAUGAUACUAUCUCCAUUGCCAUACACCAAUCUCAUGUCCAUGUAUAUCAAAUUAGGGCAACCGGAGAAGGUGGUUGCCUUAGCAGAGGAGAUGAAAAAGCAGAAUGUUAAGUUGAACAUUUAUACAUACAACUUACUCUUAAAUGCCUACGCGCAUUUGAAUGACAUCGAGGGGGUGGAAAGAGUCUUUGAGGAGAUGCAGCGAGACAAUGCCAAGGGGUGCAAUUGGACGGUAUACAGUAACUUGGCUGUUGUGUACAUGAAGGCUGGACAUAAGGAAAAGGCUGAGUUGGCUUUGAAAAAUCUUGAGAAGGUAAUGCCUAAGCAGGAUCGCGAGGCAUUCCAUUUCCUGAUAAGCUUGUAUGCCGGCCUUUCGGAUCUUGAUAACGUCCGUCGGAUAUGGGAGUUGUUGAAGUCGAGAUUCACGCUAGUGACAAACAGGAGCUAUUUUAUGAUGAUUCAGGCGCUGAACAACCUAAACGACACAGAUGGGGUGAAGAAAUGCUUUGAGGAAUGGGAGUCGGUUUGUCAGAGUUACGACAUCAGAUUGGCGAAAUCAGCCAUUCGUGCUUUCCUGGCACGGGACAUGGUUGAAGAAGCUGAGUCAAUUCUCGAAAGCGCAUCCAAGAGAUCAAAAGGGCCUUGCUUCAUAUUAUGGGAGCCGUUUGUGAAUUACUUUCUGGAACACAAUCAAAUAAAGCGAGCUCUGCAGAUGGUGGAAACUGCUGCGUCGAAAGUUGCUGGUGGGGAAGAGUGGCGGCCCAGACCGAGUACUGUGGAGAAAUUCGUGAAUUAUUUGAAGACACAGAAAGAUGAUGUCGGGAGCGCGGAGGAAUUCUACAAAUUAAUGAAGAGCGUCAAGUGUGUGGAUAGCAGUGUGUACGAGGCGGUACUUGAGAGUUAUGCGGGGGCUGGAAUGACGGCGCCUGGUAUGCGCGCACGCAUGGAGGCUGAUGGAAUUGAAAUCAGCGGCGAGCUUGAGCAUUUGCUCUCGAGUGUGUGCCCUACGGCUUCGGCUUCGGCUUCGUCUUCUUAAUGGUAUUUUUAUCGUUUACUAUAACUACUCUACUCUACUCUGCUGUAGUAUAGUAGUAGUAGUAAGUCAAUCGACUCUUUCGUUUGUUUUCACUUCCUUGUUUCUUGGAUCUUUUCCUAUAAAUUUGAUUAUAUUGGCACUCAACUUGAUCGAAUGUUUCAUUUUUGAAUCUUUA